AUCGCACACUCGCUGUCGCCUGCCAAGAUGGUGCAAAAAGUCUAUGUCACGUACAACGAUGUACACAAGCUCUGCCAGAACUCGGCUGAGCGCAUCUUGAGCGACUGCAAGCCCAACCUCAUCAUCGCAAUCGGCGGCGGCGGUUACGUUCCUGCCCGUAUCCUGCGUUCCUUCCUCAAGAAGCCCGGCAGCCCCAACAUCCCCAUCCAGGCCAUCGGUCUUUCUCUCUACGAGACCCUCGGCACCGAGACCCCCGAAGAGGUCCCCGGCACAAAGGUCACCCGCACACAAUGGCUGGAUCUGUCUUCUCUCGAGAUGGCCAACCUGAUCGGCAAGAACAUUCUUAUCGUCGACGAGGUUGAUGACACACGCACCACUCUCGAGUACGCCGUGCGCGAGCUGCAGAAGGAUGUCGAUAUCGCUACUGAGAAGCUUGGCCGUACCGCCGAGAAGACCACCUUCUCCAUCUUCGUCCUGCACAACAAGGACAAGACCAAGAGAGGUACCCUCCCCGAGGAGAUGGUCAAGCCCGACCACUACGUUGCCGCCGUCACUCUUCCCGACUACUGGAUCUGCUAUCCUUGGGAAGCUCAGGACAUUGACGAGCACGACCGCAACGCUGCUGAGCAGGCCAAGCAACAAUAGAUUUUCACGAACAUUCCGGCGGAUGGGGAAGGGCAAAGAUAAUACGGCGUUUGGGGUAGACCCUGUCAAGUUCAUGAAUCCAAUAUCUACGAUCUCAAAAUCAUAAAAGAGUUUCAUCAUUACUUCGAGGCCGAGUCCGAGUCCGAGUCCGUCAGCCAUCUAUUGAUAUACCGCCAUGUCAUGUUGCUGAUAGGGUAACCCUGGUCCGGGUAUUAAGCUUCAUCUGAUCCGUCUCCGUAGGCUUGCCAUCUCUGUUUAGUCAUGUCAGCAAUCCCUGGGAGCAUUUUCGCUGGAACAAAAC